AUGUCCGGUUCAGAAAAGAGGGAUGGCAGUGUCCCCCCUACCGAUCGCGAAUCGUCUCCUGGUGUUAAACGCCCGGCGUCAGAGAUCUCCGGACGAGACGUUGAGAUGGAAUUAAGAUCCACGGAAACUUCAAACGAUAAUCAUAAACCUAAUAACACCGGUUCCGACAACGUCUAUCCCGCUUCUUCCAGCAUGUCUACCUACACUGCACCGACAGCUACUCGCAGGGACUCCCAGUCCCAAGCCGCCGCCGGGUCGCAAGAGCAUCUCCCGUCAAUUGACGACCAGGUGGCCCAAGUGACACUCGCCAUGGCGCAACCGUUGCAGGAGAAGCAAAAGGGCUUUCUGCUUUCUAUGUCGUGGCUGAAACGGGUGCUUGCUCGGAGUUCGACCCACGGCGACAUGGUGGACAAGACUGCAGCAGAAGGAGAUGUCGGUCCUGUCGACAAUUCCGAUAUCGUUCUGGUAACCGAUCCGACUAUCUCGGGCUUCAAGGAUGAGGCCGGCGAACCAUUUGUACCUCUCCGUCCGGGGUUGCAGAUGGGCGAAGAUUUCGAAAUUGUGCCGCAGGGGGCCUGGGAUUCCAUUAUGCGCUGGUAUGGUCUGGCGGACCAGUCGCCCGCGAUCGUCCGUUACGCCCACAACACCGCGACUGGCGACACGGAAAACAUCCAAUAUGAGAUCAACCCACCCAUCUUUACCAUCGUCAAGCUACCAAACCCUGCGACUGGCACAACGCCCCAGACCAUCAAAGACAAGAACGCGGCCCCGGUUAAAAUGCUGGCAAGCCGACACACCAGCUUCCAGAAAUGGUUGAGAGAAGCAAAAGGAUUGGCCAAUAUUGAUAUGUCGACCAAGGUGCGUGUUUGGAGAGUUCUGGGCGGCCUAGGAAGCGCCAAUGCAUCCACCACAAUUACUCCAGCGGGAUCCCGCAGUGCCUCGCCGGCCCCAGCAUCAGCAGUCGCCAAUGCAGGCAACAAUCUGGUGCUCGACCUUAACACCUUCCUCUCUCUUUCGGAGGGCGCACAGCGUGAAGUUCUCGAAGAUGCAAAGGACCAGACCGCUAACCCCAAUUACAAUGGUCGUAUGACUUUGGAUUUGGCCGGACUGGGUGCCAGUGAUGCCAUCGUGCUGGAGGAGAAUGUCGGUGGUAAAAAUGGCGAGUGGGUGUCGGAAGCAUCCAAGCAGACCCUCAACCGCCUGGGCGUUUCUGCAGGCAACGUUAAGAAUGGCGUCGCAAACAAACUCAAGGAUAACAAGAAGAGUCCCGCGGCCAGUGGCCGCUCCUCGCCGGCACCAGAGCCGAACAGAGGCCGACGACGCAAGGAUGGCAAGUUCCGUGGCUGCACCGGACUGAGCAAUCUCGGAAACACUUGCUACAUGAACUCCGCUCUCCAGUGCGUACGGAGUGUCGAAGAAUUAUCCUACUAUUUCCUGAGCGAUGUCUAUAAGCAACAUCUAAACCCCAGCAACCCACUUGCGCACAACGGUGAAGUCGCGAAGUCAUAUGCUAACCUGCUGCGUCUGAUGUAUGAUGAGGCGGGUCAAUCAUCCUUCGCUCCACGACAACUCAAGAAUACCAUUGGCCGCUACGGACCAGCAUUCUCGGGCUAUGGACAGCAGGACUCCCAGGAAUUCCUUCUGUUCCUUCUCGAUGGUUUGCAAGAAGAUCUGAACAAAAUUCUCAAGAAACCGUACAUCGAGAAGCCCGACUCAACAGAUGAGAUGACGCACAACAGGGCAGCUCUAGAGAAUUUCGCCACCAAGUGCUGGGACAUUUACAAGGCCCGCAACGACUCUGUGGUUACUGAUUUGUUUGCUGGCAUGUACAAGUCAACUCUGAUUUGCCCUGAUUGUGAGAAGGUCAGCAUCAUCUUCGAUCCCUUCAACAAUCUAACACUUCAGUUGCCCAUUGAAAACCUGUGGAGCAAAUCGAUCUUCUAUUUCGGUCUGAAUAAGAAGCCAGUCUCCCUUGACAUUGAGCUUGAUAAGAAUUCGAGCAUCAAGUCAUUGAAGGAACUCGUCGCAAAGAAGAUGGGUUCUGAACCUGACCGUCUCAUUAUGUCCGAGGUUUACAAACACAAGUACUACAAAAUGUUCGACAACACAGGCUCCAUUGCCGAUCAGCAGAUCUCUGCCAAUGAUGAUAUUGCCAUCUUUGAGGUGGAAUCGGUGCCCACGAACUAUAAUCCGGACAAGCCCCCCAGGGCCUAUUUCUCCUUCAAUCGCCAGGACGAGAAGAUUCCUAGCUUCGAUUCGCCCAAGGCCGACCGAAUGUUGAUCCCUAUCUUCAACCGAGUUAUGGGAAAAGCAAGGAACAACAACCCGCGCAACGCACAACGGCAACUCUUUGGGGCGCCAAAUUACAUCAUCGUCAACCGGGAAGAGGCCUUCAAUCAUGAUGCCAUUCUGCAAAAGGUUCUGGCUGUGGUUGACACGAUGACGACCCGUGAUAUUUUCAACGAGCCAGAGCUUCUGGAAGAUGACACUGAAGAAGAGGCGAACGCUGAAGAUUCGGACACGGUUGUCAUGAACGAUGACGAUGCGCAGUCUGCCGACUCGAAGGUCAAGACCUCCUCUGUGGAUGGUGAGGAUGGCAUGGUGGACGUCUCGAUGCGUGACGCAUCUCAGGACACGGAUGCUGCUACUCCUUCGCAAGACGUUGAGUCCAGCAACCCUGACUCGAAAAAGGACAAUAUCGCCUCGGGCUUGCGGAGACUCUUCGACUUGAAGAUGCUUAUCAAGUCCAAUGAAGCCGUCCCCAUGGGUUUUUCAUCUCUGGAUGACCACAAGGAGUAUCCCUCGAUGGCAGGACGCGUGAAAGCAGCCGAGAAAGCUAGGAAGCAGGCUGAAGCGGCGUCUCAAGCCAACAAUGCGGAUGAGCAGGAGUCUGACCGCGGAGGGAACUCAUCUGACAGUGACAGCUCCGAUAUGUUCUCGAAUGAAACGCGGCCGAACGCCACGAAACCGCAGCCGGAGAUUCGCCCGCUUGUUCGCCCAGGUGAGGGUAUUAUUCUGGAUUGGAAUGAGAAGUCUUACGAUGCCCUCUUUGGUGGAACUGUCAAAGACAAGAACUCUGGUCGCGGUAUGGGCACUUGGGUCGACGUCGAACACGUCCAAGACCCCGAGCUGGCCAAGCGGCGUGCUCUGCGUCAGACCCGUAAGAAGAAGGGCGUCUCUCUCGACGAGUGUCUCGACGAGUUUAACAAAGAAGAGGUUCUCUCCGAGAAUGACGCAUGGUACUGCCCCCGGUGCAAGGAGCAUCGCCGUGCUAGCAAGAAAUUCGAACUCUGGAAGACGCCUGAUAUCCUCGUCAUGCACCUGAAGCGGUUUAGUGCCAGCCGUGGUUUCCGGGACAAGCUGGAUGUUUUUGUCGACUUCCCUGUUGAAGGUCUCGACAUGAGCGGUAGGGUGGAAAACCCUGAGCCAGGGGAGAGUCUAAUCUACGACCUCUUUGCGGUUGACAAUCACUACGGUGGACUUGGUGGAGGCCACUAUACUGCAUACGCCAAGAACUUUAUGAGCGGAGAGUGGAACGAGUAUAAUGAUUCCUGCGUAUCGAGACCCCUGGACCCACAAAGCGUGGUAACUUCUUCUGCCUAUCUGCUGUUCUACCGACGUCGAUCAGACCAUGCGCUAGGCGGUAAGGAACUCCGAGAGAUUACUGAAUCCUACAAGAAAAACAUGGAUGAUCCCGAGUCUCAAGCCAAUUCGCGGGCACCAUCUCCGUCGGGGGAAGGUCGGCGUCUCGGCGGCUCCUCCCGCAAUGGGUCGUCGAGCGCUUUAGCCGGAGUCGGAGCAGCUCACCAGGCGGGAGUUGGUGGGGUGCGAGCCGGAACGCAAGCGAAGAACGGGGACAAUGAAUCACCGCCGGAAUAUUCCCAGAAUCGACAGGAAGGUAUGCUUCUCGAUGAUGAAGAUGAUGAGGAUGACGGGGGAGUCCCAACCCACCGCCCGUGGCGCUUCGAAAAUGAGCCCUCGUGGUCGUUCGGCGCAAUUACGGAAGCUCACGGCCCUUCACAGAGAACAGGAAUGCUUCCACUCUCUGAGAGUAGUGACGAUGAGGUCUUUGACGAUGAUGCUGCCAGCGACCGGGCGGUUGGAGGAGGUAACAUGAGCGACUCGGAUAUGCAAUUGGCCUCGUUGACGGACGACCACGAGGGACAGCAUGGCGUGCCAUUUCCCGGGACACCUAGAGAUGAGGCACAAUCGAUUCAGGACAUCCCUCCGCCGUUGGACGCCGACGAUGAUGACGAACUUCCAGUGGUAGAAUUACGAGUAAACGACGAAGAUCGGAUGAAUUCGGAUUAA